CUCACUGUAACUCAGCUGAACUCCCAUCUCCUGCCAACAUGACCUACAGCUGCUGUUCUGGAAACGUCUCCUCCCGCUCCCUUGGGGGCUACCUGCGCUACCCAAGCUCCUCCUGUGGCUCUUCUUCCCCCAGCAACCUGGUCUACCGCACUGACCUCUGCUCUCCCAGCCCCUGCCAGCUGGGCUCCUCCCUCUACAGCGGCUGUCAGGAGACCUCCUGUGAGCCCACCAGCUGCCAGACGUCCUGCGUGGUGUCCAGCCCCUGCCAGACGUCCUGCUCCUGCCCAAGGACCUCUGUGCUCUGUAGUCCCUGCAGGUCAAUUUACACUGGAUCUCUGGACUGUGGAUCCAUCAGAGGCUACUGCCUGGGGUAUGGACCUAGAAGUUCCUACUCCCUGGGCUGUGAAUUCCAGGGCUUUGGAUCCCUGGGUUAUGGAGUCUAUGGGUUCCCUUCCCUGGGCUAUGGGUCCAGUGUCUACUGCCCUACCUACCUGGCUUCUAAGAGCAGCCAAACUUCCUAUUGCCAACCAACCUGUAGAUCUGGUUUCUACCACCAACCAACUUGUUAAGGAUUCUGGACCUGGACUUCACUGCCCUUCAAAGUCAGUCUCUGCAAUUAUCUGGCUAGAGUCUAUAUUCUACUAGCUAGAAAAGUGAUAAUUAAAAAAAAUCCUAUUAAUGUGAAACCAUUUAUCUCAUAGAAUACCUAUUCUUUUUUCCUUCUAUUUUUCUUCUAUUUUCCUUCGUACUUCUUUUGUUCAAAAUGGACCAAGUGGUCUUUUUUUUUCCCUUCAAAUAAACUCAUGUAAUUUGAUAUUGGAUCAUAAGUCAAUGUUAAUUAAAAAAAAGAUAUCCAUUGGGAAUUUCAAACCUACUAUGUUUUCUCCAAAAAGAAUUGUUUAAUUUAAGAAACAGGUUCCCGGGUAGGCAGAAUUCUCUGACAACACAUUGCUCGUUCCCAGGAAUUUUUGGCAAGUGGAAUCACAGCUUGGGCUGGAGGUUAUUCUAAACUCUUCCGCUUAUAAUCAUUUCGGCCUUAUUAGGUACCUUACUUUGGUUAAACUACUAAUGGGUCUAAUCCAAGAAGAAAAGUUCCAGAGAUAGCAGUGAUGCUUCGAGUGUAUUAUCCUGGCUGCAUCAGAUGAGGAAAUGUCAAAACACUUUUCAUGAGCUCCUUUCACCCACUUUUACAAGCAAUAAUGGAGUUUUGAGGUCCUGAUAUUAUACUAACAGCAGUAACUGGGUAUGAUGAAACAAACAUCUUAAGUAUGAAUGAAACUAAACAGGUAUACAUUUUAUUAUAAUAAAAUUAAUUCACUUUCUAAGAGUUCUUUCUCAACUUGGUGCUUAACUCUCUCCUCCCUUGGUCACUGGACAACCAUCUGUUUUCAAAGAAGUCCCUGGGAGCUCCUGGAAAUGUAGCCCUAUCAUGAAUAGAUAAUAUUAAGUGAGCAGGAAGAUUGGACCUCUUGAUAUCUUGGGCUUAGAUCUGGAUGUGAUACCCAGGUAGUCUGCU